AUUUUUUUUAUGUCAGAAGUGUUUUUAAACAAAUUAAGGGAUUAAGCAAUUUAAUUGAUAGCAUAAGGUAAUGAGAAUAUUGAAUGUAGGGAAAUCUGAGUACUUAUCAGGAGCUACACUUGAAGCAAAAUAAGGAGGAUAUGAUAAAAUGAAAUUGGGAUGCUAAGAAUUAGUAAAAUAUGCUAGACAAGAAACAAGUCAAUAGUUGUGUAAAAUAGCUAGUGAUAAAUUAAAUGAAUUUACAACAGAGAUGCAAAAUAUGAAAGCUUAUUUAGACAAUUACAGAGCAAACUUAUAAGGUUAAACACAACUUCCUCCUUAAUAAUAAUAAUAGUAAUAAUAAUAAUAGUUGCCAUAAAAUGCUUAAGGAUAAUAAUAAGCAAAAGGUUCAAAUGGUUAGAGUGAAUUGAAUAAAAGUACAAACUCAAAAGAUGGAUAAGAAUAAGGUAAACAAAAGUAAAUUAAAUAUCUAAUAAUAUAAAAUUAGAUUAAUAGAAGGAUAAUAAGCUUUAAGAAAUAAUCUUUCAACAGCUAUCGUAACUGAGAAACCAAAUGUCAAAUGGGAAGAUGUAGCUGGUUUAGAGAAUGCAAAGAAUUCUUUAAAAGAAGCUAUAAUAAUGCCAAUGAGAUUCCCAGAAUUAUUUUAAGGAGCAAGAAAACCAUGGAUGGGUAUUCUAUUAUAUGGAGUAUAACAAUUUUUAUAUAUAAUAGCCACCAGGAACUGGUAAAACAUUUUUAGCAAAAGCUUGUGCAACAGAAUGUGAAGGAACAUUCUUUUCUGUAUCUUCAGCAGAUUUAAUAUCAAAAUUUGUAGGAGAAUCAGAAAGAUUAAUAAAAGAGUUAUUUAAUAUGGCAAGAGAAUCAAAGCCUACAAUUAUAUUUAUAGAUGAAGUCGAUUCUAUGACUAGUAAUAGAGAGAGUGGAAGUGGAAAUGAAGCAUCAUCUAGAGUUAAAACUUAAUUUUUAGUAGAAAUGUAAGGAGUUGGCAAUAAUAAUGAUUCAGUAUUAGUAUUAGGUGCAACCAAUUUACCAUGGGCAUUAGAUCCAGCUAUUAGAAGAAGGUAAUAUCUAGUUAUAUUAUAUUUCAAGAUUUGAAAAGAGAAUUUAUAUACCCCUGCCUGAUUAUCAAGGAAGAUUGUAAUUGUUGAAGAAUAAAAUGAAUAAUACUCCUAAUAAUUUAACAUCUUCUGAAUUUGAAGACAUUGCUAAAAUGUUAGAUGGGUAUUCAGGAUCUGAUAUGAAUACUCUAAUAAGAGAUGCCUCAUUUGAACCAUUAAGAAAAACUGAAAGGGCUACUCAUUUUAAAUAUACAUAAACUCCAGAAGGAAUGAAAUUUAUGGCUUGCUCUCCUUCUGAUCCUUAAGGUAAAUAAAUGAGAAUGUAUGAUAUCAAAGGUGGAUAACUCUAUUUACCAUAAAUCGAAUAUGUAUCAGAUUAUUCUUUAUUUUUUAGGAUGAUUUCUUAAGUGUACUUCCAAAGUGUAGACCAUCAGUUUCUUAAGGAGAUCUUAAAAAAUAUGAGGAUUGGACGGCUGAAUUUGGUUAAGAAGGAUGAUUGAUUAUCAAUAAUAAUUCUAAUUUGUUGGAAUUGAUAUUUUUAAGAAAAUGUUAAUAAAAUCUGCGUC